GAUGAUGUACAAUGUUCGACAUCUCUGGAGAUGGGACGACGAAAGCUGCCUUCGAUACCAACGCAACGUGCAGAGAAGGUCAGCGAAACGCCUCCCGCUCCGGUCUACCUCACAUCAAGCGCCCCAGUCGUAUCCCCGUCUCCCGAUCGACAAUAUCACGCUCAGGAUUCUCGUGCCUACCCACAACCCACUUCUCGUAUUGCCUCUCUGAGCAAUUUAUCAUUGCCGUCUUCUUCGUCAACCGCCUAUUGUCGCACGGUAGAUCCCGCCAUCCUUCCCGGAGCAGCAAUCGUUAAUGCAAAACCCAAAUUACUCCUUCGACAGACAACUGCUGCAGCGGGUGAUCGGUCAUCAGUGCUGGGUACUAAAAUGCCCAGUCCACUUGCUCGAGUGUUGCUGAAAAAGGAACUGAAGGAGGUCUUGGAAAGAAGACGAGAAUCCUUGGAAGCCUGUGAAAUAGAGGCUAAUCAGAGGCAAUAUAUCGUGCAUCGAAUGCUUAUUACUGGGCUUUUGCCUGAAUAUCGUUCUGUUGACAUCGAUAAUAUUCCUAAUGUGAUACCCUGUCUAUUGCCUGUUGAACUUAUCAGUGGUGCUCGUGUGGUACCAAGUGAAGUACCUAGUACGACAACCUCAUUAACGACCACACCGGUGCCUGAACGUUCUUCUAUUCCACCUUCUUCAUCUUCGAUUCAAAGUAGAAAGCAAGAAGUGGGCAUUUCCACCGACGACUUUUGUUUAGAACCGAAAUUGAAAUCGGUUGGAGUUCAGUCAGAAAGUUCUUUUGCUACCGCAUACACUGCCAUACCUAGCUCAGUCUCUCAUGCAACUACUACUUCACUCAGACGGCAAAUGAAACACGAUCGGCUCGAUCCAUUCUCAAUCAAUACUGAUGCAACAGUUGCGCUGCAACCACGCUUCCGGUCCACGGAAACGCAAACAAAUGGCACCAUGACCUAUGAAACUCAUAGCAACCGAUCAUCCGGUCGCCGUCACCGUAACUCAGCCAGAAACAUGUUUUCGUCUUCGGAACCAAAUUUGUUGGAGUCUACGGCAAAAUAUUUCGCAGAAUAUGAUAGACAGCUCCAGGAACACGGACGACGGUUGAAAAAUCGUUUUGCUUUUAGUGACGAUGAUCCAGUAAAUAGGGAAACCAGAAAGCAGAGAGUUAUGGAUGAACUCGCGCAGAGGAAAGAAAAGAUUUCGUCUAUGAUUGACUUAUAUUCACCAUCCAGUUUCCCAAUUACUCAUCCUACUUCCGAUUAUUCAUCCACUGUUCCACAUUACGGAUCUUUGCCAAGAAUCGAUUUCCCGACAAAAAGUUCUCCUCGAUCAAACCGGCGAGAUUACAUAAAUCGUAAUCGUAGCGGAUCUUCAUUCGGGUACGGAUCACUUCCACGCAACUAUGAGCGUUAUACUGAGCGAAGUUGUAGUGAUUCUCAAAAUGAUUAUUACCAGUCACUCCCAAUUCCAACAGGACGUUAUGAUGCUCUUUCAAGAUCCUGGCAUAAUGUGAAUCUUUCUGCUGCGGAAGAUCCUAUUCUGGAUUCCAGAACGAGGCUUUAUGCCACUCGGUCUAUGAAUUAUUUAGAUCCAUGGUUAUCAUAUCAACGACUUCCGGAGUCAAAUGUAACUUUUGGACGUCCAUUAAUGAAUGUUGCAUAUGAUGAUUUGUAUAGACCUCAGUAUAUGCCUGUUGCACGAGGGCAUAAUUUUUAUGGUUCUCAAGGUCUACCUAAUACUGAUAUUAUCUCGCAAUAUGCAAAUUACCUGAGUAAUCAAUUUAUAACUGAUCAACAGAGGCUUAUGAGCGGUUAUCCAGCGGAGGAGCGGAUGCACUUCAAUCAAGCCAAAAAACGUCCCUACUCUAUGCCUCGAUAUAGAUCUUCUACCACCAGUGGUCAAGCACUACCUAUGGCAAAUUAUGAAGAUCCAUUGCCUUCUAUGGAGAUUGAUUCAGCAUGCUUACAACCAGAUCAACCAAUUCAGCGUCCUAUUAUUCCUGGUCCUUACGUAAAUUUUCCUUCAUAUGCGCAAAGUGAUCAUUAUGAAAACUGGCCUUGGUGUCAGCCGCAACUCUCCUACGCGAAUAAUAGUGCACUUGAUAAUAAUGCAGUAGUACUACCACAUCAUUAUUCCAGCCAUUUUCCUAUGACACCAAAUAUUCUCCCUGGAACUUCAUCUCUUUUUGGUCAGGUAUAUAGUAGAAACGACGCAAACUACGGCUCAAGACCGUCUCAUUACGCUACCGAGUAUGGUAAUUAUUAUCGGGAUAGAGCAGUUCAUCAAUUGCGGGACUCUUCAAACAGAAACUAUGCUGUAAGAAGUCACUAUCCUUAUCUUCCUUAUUCCACCCAAUAUCACCCAGGUAACCGUUAUCUCAGCGCUGGUGAACUACCUUAUUCACCAAAUCAACCAUCCGUAUUUCCGAAUAACUAUCCGCCAACCUCUCAACGACCUAGCCAUGCAGUUAGAGCAUGGUCCAAUGGGAAUAUUCCAAUAAACAAUUAUGAUGCCGUUUAUCCGAAAGAUGCUCUCAAUCGCAUGUAUACAACACUGAACAAUCAACGUUUCAUGCGUCCACAACAUUACGGUAAUGGUGCGACCUCACUUAUAUAUUCAUAG